GGUCGGAGUUGGGAGGGGGGCUGGGUUGAAUGUGAGCUGUCGGGUGGGAAGAGGUGACAGCAGCAGCGGCGGCGGUGGCGGCGGCGGCUCCGGCUGGCCCCAAUGGAGCUGGAGAAUAUCGUGGCCAACACUGUGCUGCUCAAGGCGCGCGAGGGUGGAGGUGGGAAUCGGAAGGGCAAGAGUAAGAAAUGGCGUCAGAUGCUGCAGUUUCCACAUAUCAGCCAGUGUGACGAUCUUCGGCAUACAUUAGAGCGGGACUACCACAGUUUGUGUGAUAAACAGCCGAUUGGACGUCUGCUGUUCCGGCAGUUUUGUGACACUCGACUAGAACUCAAGCGCUGUGUCAAGUUCCUGGAUGCUGUGGCCGAGUAUGAAGUGACCCCGGAUGAGAAACGGAAAGAAUGUGGGAAGCACCUGAUUGAAGCAUAUUUGAAUCCUAAGAGUGCGGACCAUGUCCCUGAAGUGCCCUUGGAACUAGUGAAUCUGUGUUCUGAGCAACUGGAACAGGAACUAAGUAAAGAACUCUUUAAGGAAUCUACCAAGCUCAUCCAUGACUACCUUAGUGUGGCACCUUUCGCAGAUUAUCUUGACAGCAUUUAUUUCAACCGCUUCCUGCAGUGGAAGUAUCUGGAAAGGCGGCAUGUAACCAAGAACACUUUUCGUCAAUACCGUGUGCUGGGGAAGGGAGGCUUUGGAGAGGUUUGUGCUUGCCAGGUGCGGGCCACUGGAAAGAUGUACGCCUGCAAGAAGCUUGAGAAAAAGCGGAUAAAAAAGCGAAAAGGGGAAGCCAUGGCCUUAAAUGAGAAGCAGAUACUGGAAAAAGUGAACAGUAGGUUUGUAGUGAGUUUGGCCUAUGCCUAUGAAACAAAAGAUGCUCUCUGCUUGGUCCUGACUCUCAUGAAUGGUGGAGACCUGAAGUUCCACAUCUACCACAUGGGAGAAGCAGGAUUUGAAGAGCCACGGGCUGUUUUCUACGCGGCUGAAAUCUGCUGUGGCUUGGCAGAUCUCCACCGAGAGAGGAUAGUUUACAGGGACUUGAAGCCAGAGAAUAUUCUACUGGAUGACCAUGGUCACAUCCGCAUUUCUGACCUGGGACUAGCUGUUCACGUUCCAGAAGAACAGACAAUAAAAGGUCGGGUUGGAACUGUUGGCUACAUGGCUCCUGAAGUUGUGAAGAAUGAACGGUACACAUUCAGCCCAGAUUGGUGGGCUUUCGGAUGCCUGCUCUAUGAGAUGAUUGAGGGCCAGUCUCCAUUCCAGCAGCGCAGGAAGAAGAUCAAGCGUGAAGAAGUGGAACGUCUAGUGAAGGAAGUCCAGGAAGAGUAUUCCGAGAAGUUCUCACCUGCCUCCCGCUCCCUGUGUUCCAUGCUCUUGUGCAAAGACCCCUUGGAACGGCUGGGGUGUGGAGGGUCCGGUGCUCAAGAGGUGAAAGACCACCCUCUGUUUAAACAUCUGAAUUUCAAGCGACUGGAAGCUGGGAUGCUGGACCCACCUUUUAAACCUGAUCCCCAAGCUAUUUAUUGCAAAGAUGUCCUGGAUAUUGAGCAGUUUUCCACAGUCAAAGGGGUAGAGUUAGAACCAACAGACCAUGAUUUCUAUCAUAAAUUUGCAACAGGAAGUGUCCCUAUUCCCUGGCAAAAUGAGAUGAUAGAUACAGAAUGUUUCAAGGAGCUAAAUGUAUUUGGUCCAGAUGGCAUCCUACCUCCUGAUCUGGACUGGAAAGGGCAGCAGCCUCCCCUGCCCAAAAAGGGUCUGCUCCAGCGUCUCUUCAGCCGACAGGACUGUUGCGGGAACUGCAGUGAAAGUGAAGAGGAACCAACUCGCUUAUGAGCUGACUCAGAAAAGAAGGCACUUGCUUACAGUCGAAGACAUGCCACCACCAGCAUGUGUGCAGCUCGUUGUUUCAGGAUGGCAGCAGAUUCCCAAACCAGAAGGGAAGUGUUCGAAGACCGGGCAGAAAAGGAACCUCUGCAGAAACCUUCAGUGUACUGCUAGGGAGCUGUCUGUCUUGCUACCACUCUUCCAUGAUGAGAGAGUGAUGGUGGCAGGAGUGAAUAUGGAAUAUCCCAGGGCUGGCCCUGACCCCAGUUUUUGACCUGCUCAUCUGCUGGUGUUCAUUUGUUUGUUUGUUUGUUUUU